AUCCUCCCCGGAAGUGGUGUGUAAACUCUCCCUCUUGCUGCAGACAGACAGACUCGGGUCCUGGAUCCUCUCAGACUCUCCGCUCAGCUCAGCGGGGCUCCAGCAGACUCAGACCCGGGAUGCAGAGCGGGGGACUCGCUGUCUUUUGUGCGGCUUCGGUGCUUCGAUUUGAAAUGAAACUUUUACCCGACAGGAUCAAAUACAGCAAACUUUACCCACGGAAGAACCGAGUGUUUCUGUGGUUUCCGAGUGAGCGUGGACUCUGCAGACGGAUGGGGGUCUGGAGAAAGUGAAUUUGGAGCACUUUUGUGUGAAUCGCUCGGCUCUUUGUGCUGCUGCUGCUUCCUCCUCUGUGGAAGAAAGGCCUCCAAGAUAGAUUCCAUCAGGAGUAAAGUGGACUUGCUGCGCCUCCCUCUGUCCCUCUCCUCCAAGUCCUUCAGCGAUCGUAAGAGCCAGCUGGGCGUGGUCUGGGAGAAAGGAGGCGGCUUGGGGGCAGCAGGGUCCAGGAAACCCCGCCCACCGCCAGCCUCAGACAUGGACAACGAGUCGACGUAUUCGGGCUACUCUUACAAGUCGUCCCACUCCCGAAGCUCCCGUAAACACAGGGAGAGGAGGGACAGGCUUCGCUCAAAGAGCCGUGACAUCGCCUUACGUGGAGAAAAAUCUGUGUCGAUCCAGACUCCUGGAGAGCCGCUGCUGGACGCCGAAUCCACCAGAGGAGACGACAGGGAUGACAACUGGGGCGAGACCACCACUGUGGUCACUGGCACCUCCGUGGACAGCGUCUCAAACGAAGACCUGACACGGAUCUCCAAGGAUCUUGAGGACUCUCUGCCGUUGGACUGCCGGCGUUACCUCGGCCCAGUGUUGGGCGCCGUCUUGGGGCUCUUUGCUCUGCUCACUCCUCUGGCCUUCCUGGCUAUCCCUCAGCUCCUGUGGCGGGACUCACUUGAACCCUGCGGCACACCAUGUGAGGGCCUUUACAUCUCUCUGGCCUUUAAGCUCCUCAUCCUCCUCAUCUCCACCUGGGCACUGUUUCUCCGCCCGCCCAGAGCCACUCUGCCACGCUUCUUUAUCUUCCGCUGCCUGCUGCUGGCAUUGGUCUUCCUCUUCGUGGCGUCUUAUUGGCUCUUCUACGGGGUGCGGGUGCUGGACUCCAGGGAGACGGACUACAGGGGGAUUGUGGGAUACGCGGCAUCCCUCGUGGACGCACUGCUGUUCAUUCAGUACCUGGCCCUGGUGCUGCUGGAGGUCCGACAUCUGCAGCCUGCGUUCUGUCUGAAGGUGGUGAGGACAACUGAUGGAACGAGUCAAUUUUACAACGUGGGAUGUCUCAGUAUUCAACGGGCAGCAGUUUGGGUUCUGGACCAGUACUACAGUGACUUCCCUGUCUAUAACCCCGCCCUGCUCAAUCUGCCCAAGUCCAUUCUCUCCAAGAAGAUGUCUGCUUUCAAAAUCUACAAUCUGGGGGAAGAAAACAACACCAAUAAUUCUACAGGUCAGUCUAGGACCAUGGUCGCAGCCGCCGCUCGAAGACGGGACAACACCCACAACGAGUACUACUACGAAGAGGCAGAGAUGGAGCGGAGGAUUCGUAAACGCAAGGCCAGACUGGUGGUGGCAGUGGAGGAAGCCUUCACUCACAUCAAGCGUCAUCAGGAGGAAGAGGCCAUCGUGUCUUCCCCGAAGCACCCGCGGGAGCUGAUGGACCCAAGAGAGGCCGCCCAGGCCAUCUUUGCUCCCAUGGCCCGGGCCAUGCAGAAGUACCUCCGUGCCACCAGGCAGCAGUCCUACCACAGCAUGGAGAGCAUCAUCAACCACCUGCAGUUCUGCAUCUCGCACAGCAUGACCCCCAAGGCAUUUCUGGAGCUUUACAUCGCCCCAGGUCCCACCCUCCAAUACCUCGACACCAGCAGAGGACGCCAGUGGACACUAGUGAGCGAGGAGCCUGUGACUGCUUCCCUCCGCCAGGGCCAAGUGUUUUCCCUCAGACGCUUCGACUUCUCGCUGGUGGUCACAGUGACGCCUUUACCCUACCUACAUCUGGGCGAGGAGUUCAUUGACCCCAAAAGCCACAAGUUUGUCAUGAAGCUGCAGUCGGAGACAUCUGUGUAGGCAGAAGUAGUUGAUUGACUAAGGAAUGGGAGGACGAUGAGUCAAAGAUAGUGUCUUUUUAUAGUCUGCUGAUACACAGUUCUUUACGUAGUUUGUAUUUGCUGAUUUCUUGACAUUGCUAAAUGACCAUGACUGUGGGAAUGAAAAGGCAAAGCAACACAUGUUUUCCUCCUGAAGUAGUUCCUCUUUCCAGUUCUGCUGUUUAUAACACUAUUAACACAACUCCAAUCAAUUAUUCUAAGCUAUUCCAAGCUUUUCAUUCAAAGUUUUAUCAAGAGAACAUACCCAGGUACGUGUGUCAGAUGUAAAUGUCAAAGCCUGAGUGGGUGUGCAUGAAGGCUGUAGUGUUAACCACUUGUGAGACAGCCAGAGCUUAUCUUACUUCUCUUUUCUCAUUUACUUGAACUACUUCUUUGUACAUAAGUUUGGUCCUCCCAGGCAACGAAAUAGCAGAAUCUGAAGAGUACACAAAAAGCCCCUCCGGACUUCAGUGACCUUUUUGACACAGGUAGAAACGAAAAGGAGAACAACUACUUCUUUAACUCUACUGAACUGAAAACUGGACAUUUACUUUGAAAUAAGAGUAUGAUGACACACUGGAUGGAUCUAAUGCACCAAGCAUUUCAUUAAGAAGUUGUUUGUAUAAUUUUUGACUCAGGUUUUGUUGAAUCACUUUUCUUUUUUUUAGUUACAGGGACAGGAGUGGCUGACACUUCUGAACUGAGAGCGAAUAUACCUUUAGACACUGACAGCAAUGGUCUUUACCUCUGAAUAUGAGGUUCAACUUCAACUUUAGAAGCUCCGACACAACAUAGUCAAGUAGGGGAGAACGGGGUUGGUUGUCACACUUUUUACUGUUUUAACAUCUUUCAAUAGUCAUUCCUACAUUAAAUUGAAGCUUAAGGUGUUGGCUUGAAA